CAGAAUACGGGCCGUUUGGGUUCCGCGUCCCCUUACAGCUACACACUAAUUGUUUCCAACACUUUUUCACCGUGAAGUCAUGUCAAAGUACAUACUCUACUUGGCUGUGAGUUGAAAUCUAACUAAUGGUGAAAGACGGGGCGUGCAGGACGAUGCAAUUGUUCGAAAUGUGAACUCCGUGGCUUUCCUAAUGUCCGAGUUCGCUCAGAUUUUAUUGUUUUUCGAGUAGUUGCGCAAGGCCAAUGUACUUGGGGGGUAUUUAAAUUUGAAAAGGGAUAUCCAGUGGACAUUAGCCGUGUCUUUAAAUCCAUAAAUUCUUCACUACAGUUUCUCAGGACGAGACCAAAGUCGUUCUCACUAACUUUUCGGAAAAGUUCUGGAGUUCACAGGAUACUCCUCCCGCGGUUAAACGGGAUAUUUUUACAAAAUAUUAGUAAGUUGGCUAAAAUGCUCUACUUGUCCGCGAUUAUUCGCCCAAGAGUGUAGGCGGUGGUGCCGCAAGGAGUAUUUGAAAAGCGAGCUGGAAAUUCUGAUUUUGUGCCACUUCACUGCAGUGAAGUGUUGACAUGAAGUCAGUAAGACAGCAGCGGCUGGAGGAGAGGAGAAAAAAAGCAGAAGAGCAAAGGUUGGAGAAGGAGAGAAUAGCCAAAGAAAUAAAUGAUGCAAAAGCUAAAUUACAGUCUAAGAAGCAAAAAGUUAAGAAAAAACAAGAAACCAAGAACAGACUUCGAAGAAAAAUUAACAUGAGAGUAAAGAGGGAAGACAUUAAAAAUGAUCCUCACCUGUAUGAGUUAAAGAAAAAGGAAGAAAGGGAGAGAUACCACCGUAGAAAACAAGAAGGAAAAAUUAAAACCAGAGGGGAAAUGUCGCGGAGAGAAUUAAAGGUGAUAAGGUGUAGAGUUAAAGAAAGCACUAGACGUUACAGGAGAAAGAAGUUAGUUCAGCAGAGCACUGAGCUGCAAGAUAAUCCAGAUGAUGAGUUUGGGGCUGAAAUUUUGGAAAAUGUACCCCUAACAACCAGAGCUGAAACUUUGCGGUUGCGGGGAAGGAAAAAGAAAAGUGCUAGUAGGACCGCUGCACAUAAAAAAGUGAAAAAGGUGCAGGAAGAAAAUGCAGCACUUAAAAGAGCACUGUGGAGGUCCCAGAAGAGAUUGACGAAUGCUAGAAAAAAAAUUCCCUUGUCUCCCAAGUCUCAAAUCAACAAGGAAAUGAGAGGUAAAAAAAUUAAUCCUGUCGUGAAAGGCAAAUUAAUCCUUGGAGAAGUUUUGAAGCGGCAAGUGACAGAAAGCUUUAGUGUGAAAGGCAAUAAAAUAAAAGGUGCAGCAUACAAAAUAUUCAGAGGCAGUCUUCUAAAAAAGUAUAAGUUAAAAGGUGCAUCAGGACUGUCACCAAAAAUGCUGAAAAAGUAUUCAGAAAAAAAUAUGUGUCCAUUUCAAAAUUCAAGGGCUCGCCGUCAGCAUUCAAUAAACAAGAAAGCAGAUGUAGAAAAAUUCUUCUGUAGUGAUGACAACAGCAUUGAAUGUGCAGACAAAAGGGCUGUUAAAAUUUGUUUUGGUAAAAAUAGAGUGACAAAAAGGAAGAGGUAUCUUAAAGGCAGAAUGAGUGAUUUGUAUUUGUCAUAUAUUCAGUCUGAUGAGAAACCUGUUUCAUAUUCUACAUUUUGCAAGUUUAAGCCAUUUUAUGUUGUGAUGAAGGAUCUCAAAGAGAGAGAUACUUGUUUAUGCACAAAGUGUGAAAACAUGGAACUUUUGAUGCAGUCUCUUUGGCAAGCUGGCAUUUCUCCUGUGAGUACCAAUUUAUCAUUACUAAGAUCUUUGUGUUGCUCACCCAGAACAGAUGACUGUUUACAAAGAAAAUGUAACAAAUGUAAGACAAAUGAAGUUGCAUUUAGGCCCUGUGAAAAUGAAAAUGUUGAAGUUAAUUUAAGUAAGUGGGAGACUUUACCUGAAAUGAAAAUAGACAGCAAGACAGGUGUACAGAAGGAAACAAAAAGAAAUUUCAGAAGAGUUAAGAAAGUGUCUAUUCAGGCACUGAAAAAAAUCUAUCCUGAAGAGCUUGAAAUAUUUCUAGAUCAUUCUUUUAAAGAGACUCAUCAAACUAGAAUUUUGAGGAACAAGAGAGAAAAUCUAACUUCAGGUGAAAUGUACAUUUGGAUGGACUAUUCUGAAAAUUAUUCGUGUAAAUUUAGCAGAGAAGUACAAAACCAUUUUUAUGCUGGUUCUCGAGAUAAUGUAUCAUUACACACAGGUGUUUUGUACCUAGAAGGACAGAAACAUUCAUUUUGUACAGCCUCUGAAAGUACAAGGAAAGAUCCUCCUGCUACCAUUGCUCACUUGAUUCCCAUCUUUGAAAAAUUUUUAAAGCCUGGCGUUACCAAAUUGCAUUUUCAAAGUGACUCACCUUCUACCCAAUAUCGUAACAAAGUAAUGUUUUUUUUGACAACCCAAUAUAUUCCCAUGCUCUACCCUCAAAUCACUAGCAUUGUGUAUAAUUAUACAGAGGCAGGGCAUGGGAAGGGUGCACCAGAUGGGGUAGGAGCAAUGGCAAAGACAACACUUGACAAUGCAGUUCAAUCAGGCCUGGAUAUGGAGUCCUUCAAGAGUGCUGUUGAAUUACUGAAAAGUAAAAGUAAGACAGUAUAUAUUGAAGAAGUGGACCCCAAGAAAAUGACAGAAAUAGACAAGAUGGUACCCUCUGAUUUGAAGCCAUUCAAUGGUACAUUUAGUGUUCACCAGUUCACCUGGACUAAAGAAUACUCCAAUAAGCUGCACAUGAAUAAUGUAAGCUGCUACAAUUGUACUGCAGGCAGUUCUUGUAUACAUUACAAGUUGAAAUAUAGUCCCUGGGUGCUUUUUGAACAAGCUGGUGAAAGUGAUGAAAACACUCCCACAGCUUCACCUUCACCCCCAAAAAGGAAACGUAAAAGCAAAGUAGCUUCAUUCUGUAACGGAGAUUGGGUUGCAGUAAAAUAUGGUGCUCACUGGUAUCCUGGUUUUGUGCAGAAAGUAAAUCCUCAAAACCUACUAGUUGACUUUCUAGUCAAACACCAAAGAAAAAACGAUCUCUUCCUCUGGCCUUCAAAACCAGAUGUACAAACAGUCUUGAAACAGGAUGUUAUGUACAAAUUGACGGAGCAGCCUAGAGCAGUGGACCGCACCCUAUUUAAAGUCCCAGAACAUGACUUCAUUUCUUCCCUUAUGUUGUGAAUAUACUCUUCUUAGUUAUGUUUUUCAUUUAUAGUUUAUUCUUAUAAUUUAAC